GGAUUACGCACUUCCUCCGGGGGUUGGGGCCGAAUCGCUGUGUGGCGGGUUCGAGUCCCGCCUCCUGACUUUCGCCCGUAGCCCCUGAGUCCCGGGCGGGGCGCAUUCUCCUGGUACCCUCUCCACGGACAGGAGCGGUGGCACACCUGGGACUUCACCAUGGAGGACUACCUGCAGGGUUGUCGAGCCGCUCUGCAGGAGUCCCGGCCGCUACACAUCGUGCUGGGAAAUGAAGCCUGUGACUUGGACUCCAUGGUGUCAGCUCUUGCCCUGGCUUUUUACCUGGCAAAGACGACAGAGGCUGAGGAAGUCUUUGUGCCAGUCUUAAAUAUAAAUCGUUCUGAGCUACCUCUACGAGGUGACAAUGUCUUCUUCCUUCAGAAGAUUAACAUUCCAGAGUCCCUCUUGAUUUUCCGGGAUGAGAUUGACCUCCAUGCCUUGCACCAGGCUGGCCAACUCACCCUUAUCCUUGUUGACCAUCAUGUCUUACCCAAAGGUGACGCAGCCCUGGAGGAGGCGGUAGCCGAGGUGCUAGACCAUCGGCCCAUCGAGCAGAGGCACUGCCCUCCCUGCCACGUGUCGGUGGAGCUGGUGGGGUCCUGCGCUACCCUGGUGACCGAGAGAAUCCUGCAGGGGGCACCAGAGAUCUUGGACAGGCAAACUGCAGCCCUUCUGCACGGAACAAUCCUCCUGGAUUGUGUCAACAUGGACCUGAAAGUUGGAAAGGCAACUGCAAAAGACAGCAAAUAUGUGGAGAAACUGGAGGCCCUCUUCCCUGAUCUACCCAGAAGGAAUGACAUCUUUGACUCUCUACAAAAGGCAAAGUUUGAUAUAUCAGGACUGACCACUGAGCAGAUGCUGAGAAAGGACCAGAAGACCAUCUCCAGACAAGGCACCAAGGUGGCCAUUAGUGCAAUAUAUAUGGAUUUGGAGGCCUUUCUGCAGAGGUCUGGCCUCAUUGCAGAUCUCCAUGCUUUCUGCCAGGCUCACAACUGUGAUGUCCUGGUCACCAUGACUAUCUUUUUCAACACUCACAAUGAGCCAGUGCGGCAGCUGGCUAUUUUCUGUCCCCAUGCAGCACUCCGAAUGACGAUCUGUGGAGUGCUGGAACACUCCCACUCUCCAUCCCUGAAGCUAACCCCUGCCCCAAGCACCCACCCUCACCUCCAAGCCUAUCUUCAGGGCAACACCCAGGUCUCUCGGAAGAAACUUCUGCCUCUGCUCCAGGAGGCCCUGUCAGCGUAUUUUGACUCCAUGAAGAUCCCUUCAGGGCAGCCUGAGACAGAGGGUGUGUGCAGGGAGCAGGCAGACAAGGAAUUGGACAGGGCAGGUAACUCCCUGGUUCCUGGACUGAGUCAAGAUGAGGAGGAGCCCCCACUGCCCCCCACGCCCAUGAACAGCUUGGUGGAUGAGUGCCCUCUGGAUCAGGGGCUGCCUAAAUUCUCAGCCGAGGUCAUCUUUGAGAAGUGCAGUCAGAUCUCGCAGUCGCAGUCGACCGCUGCCUCCCUGUCUAAGAAGUGACUGCUGGGAGGGCACAGGAUGGUGAGAGAGGUUGCUUGAACCACUUCAAAUGCAUGUUUUGAGAUGUGUCGGCGGUUCCGUCUUCAUGGCUCCGGGAUCUGGUGUACUGUGUUCAUGAACCGGGGAGAAGAAAGAAGUGAAAGAAAAGAGCUGCUCUGGGGAUGGCUUCCUGCCUUUUCCGCAGAUCUCUACCCAUCAGACAGAUCAUAUUAUUUAAUUUAAAUCUUCAAAUCUGCGCUGACUCUCCUGUAUUUCCCUGGCCUGGGGUACAGUGUGAUACCUGCACAGUUCCAGCAAAGCUGCAUAAGAAGGUGUACCCUCAGUAAGGCUCUGUAACAGAACCAGUAUCUCUCGUGGAACCAAACAGCCAUUGUCUCUGUGUAUUCAUUUAUCCUCUUCUUCAUUCAGCUAUCUAUUGAAUACCUCCUUCCAGCUU